GUUUAAACGCGCUGCUACUGUAACGCUGCUGGGCUUCGGUGCCUGUGCCAGUCUCGCGUAAAACCUUCACAGAAGAGCAAUGAGCGCGCGCAUGACGAUCUAACGGAGAGCUGCUGAUGAAAAGGCGUGAUGUCAAGCCGCUGUCAGUGUCAGAGGACUGGGGGAAUGUGCCGUGCACUUGGCAUGUGAGCUUGUGAAUGACCAUCCUCUGGCAUCGACAGAUGAAGCGUUGAAUUUUGCUGCAUAGAUCAGUUACCUGAAGCCGCGCGGCGAGUGUUCAUUCAUCGUCUUGCGUGCAAGAAAUCUUCGAGGAAUUGUGAGAAAUUUAUUGAAGGUGCUACCUUUGAAAGCUCCGGCAUUCAUUCGGAUGUGGAUCUAUCUGUCAAAACUGAGCUGAACGCAGAGACAUCUUUUAACUGACCAUUAGAUACCAUCCUCAGCUUUCUUCAGGAUUGUAGAAAAAUGUGAAGACCCUGGUGAGGCACCGGACCAUAAAGUUAGCCUUCAGCCUACGAGGACGAAGGUUGAGCCUUCUGAUACUUCUUUAAACUCUUUAUUUUCUAACCUGUCGGGUCCCUCGGACCAUGGAGGGACAGCAGGAUUCACAGAGGACUUUGAAACAAAGCCCUGGACAUGGUUCCACAUUGUCCUUUACAUGCUGGUUGUUAGUCUUAAUCUUGCCUGUAGUGUGCUGUGAACAGUCCUUUACAACAUUUCACCCUGAGCGACGAGAAUGGGCCUUCAACCACCUGACAGUUCACAAGACGACAGGGGCACUCUACAUUGGUGCUGUCAACCGAGUCUACAAGUUAUCGGGCAACCUAACACUCCUAGUAUCCCAUGAUACUGGUCCGGAAGAUGACAACAAGGCCUGCUACCCUCCACUAAUUGUUCAGCCUUGCACUGAACCACUGGUUUCUACCAACAACAUCAACAAACUCUUACUCAUUGACUACUCUCAGAAUCGACUACUUGCCUGCGGAAGCCUCUACCAAGGUGUCUGCAAACUGCUACGGUUGGACGACCUCUUCAUCUUGGUGGAGCCCUCUCACAAAAAGGAGCACUACCUUUCCAGUGUCAACCAGACUGGCACCAUGUAUGGAGUCAUCGUGCCUUCGCAGGGCAAGGAUGGGACCCUCUUCAUUGGUACCGCUGUGGAUGGGAAACAAGACUACUUUCCGACCAUCUCCAGCCGGAAGCUUCCUCGUGACCCGGAGUCUUCGGCAAUGCUGGACUAUGAGCUACACACGGACUUUGUUUCAUCGCUCAUCAAGAUUCCCUCCGACACUCUGGCUUUGGUCUCUCAUUUUGACAUUUACUACAUCUAUGGCUUUGCCAGUGGCAAUUUCGUCUACUUUCUGACCGUGCAACCGGAAACACCUGAGAACAGCAUGUCUUCCAGCGGGCCCUCAAAUGACCUGUUUUACACCUCUCGAAUCGUACGGCUCUGCAAAGAUGACCACAAAUUCCACUCCUAUGUGUCGUUGCCUAUCGGUUGUGUCCGAAACAGGGUUGAGUACCGGCUUCUGCAAGCGGCCUACUUGGGCAAGCCUGGACGAGUGCUUGCGGCGUCCCUUAACAUUAGUGCUCAGGAUGAUGUGCUCUUUGCUGUCUUUUCCAAAGGUCAAAAACAGUACCACCAUCCGCCUGAUGACUCGGCCCUCUGCGUCUUCAGCAUCCGGGACAUCAAUGCACGGAUCAAGGAGCGCAUGCAAUCCUGCUAUCAGGGAGAGGGAAACUUAGAGCUCAACUGGCUGUUGGGAAAGGAUGUACCUUGUACCAAAGCGCCUGUCCCUAUUGAUGACUCCUUCUGCGGUUUGGACAUCAACCAGCCCCUUGGCGGCUCUCAGCUGGUGACCGGACACACGCUUUAUACGGAAAGCCGGGAUCGCAUGACCUCGGUGACCUCCUACGUCUAUAAUGGCUACUGCGUGGCUUUUGUUGGCACCAAGAGUGGACGUCUGAAAAAGAUUCGGGUUGACGGUCCUCCUCAAGGUGGCGUCCAGUAUGAAACUCUGCCGGUGAUCAAAGAUGGAAGCCCGAUUCUCAGAGACAUGGCUUUUUCCCUGGACAACAGCUAUAUCUACGUCAUGUCGGAGAGACAGGUCACACGGGUACCGAUCGAGUCGUGUGAGCAGUACGGCACAUGUGGAGAGUGUCUGAGCUCAGGAGAUCCUCACUGUGGCUGGUGUGUGCUGCACAACAUGUGUUCUCAAAGGGAUCGUUGCGAGCGGGCGAACGAGCCGUACCGUUUCGCCGCAACGCUGAGCCAGUGUGUGAAAGCCACCGUGUACCCGGACAGCAUCGCUGUGUCUGAACCCAGUGUACCGCUGCUUGUGAAAGUGACAGAUGUUCCAGAUCUUUCCGCUGGAAUCACCUGCUCCUUCGGGAACCUGACGGAGGUUGAGGGCAGAGUGGAUGGGAAUCAGAUUCUCUGCACAUCUCCCGCUGCUAAAGAUGUUCCCAUCAUCCCCACAGAUCAAGACUGGUCGGGUGUCGAGCUCAGAUUGAACUCGAAGGAAACGGGUCAGAUGCUAAUUAGCACAGAGGUGAAGUUCUACAACUGCAGCGUGCACCAGCUGUGUCUUUCCUGUGUAACCAGUUCCUUCCGCUGUCAUUGGUGCAAGUACAGAAACCUCUGCACCCACGAUCCCUCCAGCUGUUCCUUCCAGGAGGGACGCGUCAAUGCCUCAGAGGACUGUCCUCAACUGGUCCGUUCUGAGGAGAUCCUCAUCCCGGCAGGGGAAGUGAAGCCCAUCACCCUGAAAGCCCGAAACCUUCCCCAACCCCAGUCGGGUCAGCGUGGCUACGAGUGUGUGUUACACAUACAAGGAGUCAGUCACAGAGUCACAGCGCUCAGAUUCAACAGCUCCAGCGUACAGUGCCAGAACAGCUCGUAUCUGUAUGAAGGGAUGAGAAUUAGUGAACUGCCAGUGGAUUUCUCAGUGGUGUGGAAUGGAAAUUUCAUCAUUGACAAUCCUGAGAACAUCAAAGUGAAUCUGUAUAAGUGUGGCGCUCAGAGGGACAGCUGUGGCGUGUGUUUGAAGGCCGAGAGGAAGUUCCAGUGUGGCUGGUGCAGUAUGGAGGGCCGCUGUACCCUACGCCAGCACUGUCCCAUGUCCAACCCUUACACCAGCCGCUGGCUACACCUCGCCAGCACAAACGUGAAGUGCACCAACCCUCGAAUCACUGAGGUAACCCCAGUGGCAGGACCACCAGAAGGGGGCACCAGAGUGACCAUCCGUGGUGUGAACCUGGGCCUGUCCUUCUCAGACAUGGUCAACAAUGUGCAGAUAGCAGGAGUCCAAUGCACCCCGCAGGAGAACGGCUACAUCAUCGCUGAACAGAUUGUUUGUGAGAUGGAUGCAACUCCUAAGGACAGUAAGCCCGGCCCUGUCCAUUUGUGUGUAGGGGAGUGUAAACCGGAGCUCCAGACCCGCUCUUCUCAGCUCUAUUCCUUUGUGAUGCCAUCAGUCACGGGUUUGUCCCCCAGUCGAGGUCCAGAGUCUGGAGGAACUAAAGUGACCAUAAUGGGGGAAAACCUGGGGGCGGGCAGCAGAGUCACUGUGCUUUUUGGGAACCAGACCUGCGAGUUUUACGAAAGAACUAUGACGGAGAUUGUGUGUUACUCCGCCCCUUCUCUGACGGGAGUGGGGUCGGUUCCGAUCAACGUGAGUGUGGAUCGCGCCCAGGUCCACGGGAGCCUGAAUUUUGAGUAUAUAGACGACCCCACCGUUCAACGCAUUGAACCAGAAUGGAGCAUUGCCAGCGGACACACGCCUCUGGUGGUGACCGGGACGAACUUGGAUGUCAUACAGGAGCCGAGGAUUCGGAUCAAGUACGGCGGGCGGGAAUCCGUAAACGUGUGUAAGGUUCUGAACACCACGACUAUGAGCUGUUUCGCUCCCUCGCUGACAGCCGAGUACAGGCCGGGUUUGGACUCAGUCAAGCACGCAGACGAGUUUGGUUUCAUCUUCAAUAAUGUGCAGGCUCUUUUAGUGUACAAUAACACUAACUUCAUGUACUACCCCAACCCUUACUUUGAGCCUCUCAGCACCAAUGGCAUACUGGAACAGAAACCUGGAUCACCUAUCAUUUUAAAGGGUAAGAAUCUGGUUCCACUGGCAUCUGGAGGAGUGAAGCUUAAUUACACUGUUCUGAUAGGAGAGACUCCCUGUUCUGUCACCGUAUCUGAGUCUCAACUGCUGUGUGAGCCACCUAAUCUCACCGGCCAGUACAAAAUCAUGGUGCAGGUCGGUGGUCUGCAUGUGUCCCCCGGUUCAGUAAACAUUCUUUCUGACAGCCUCCUGACUCUUCCUGCCAUUGUCAGCAUCGCUGCCGGUGGUGGACUGCUUCUCAUCAUCGUCAUCCUCGUGCUUAUUGCCUACAAGCGUAAAUCUCGUGAGAACGACCUCACACUCAAGCGACUCCAGAUGCAAAUGGACAACCUGGAGUCCAGGGUCGCACUGGAGUGCAAGGAAGCUUUUGCAGAACUGCAGACUGAUAUCAAUGAGUUGACGAGUGAUCUGGACCGGGCUGGUAUCCCCUAUCUGGAUUACCGCACCUAUGCCAUGAGAGUGCUAUUCCCUGGCAUCGAGGACCAUCCUGUGCUCAGAGAGCUGGAGGUUUCUGGUAAUGGGCAGCUGUGUGUUGAAAGAGCUCUGAAGCUGUUUGCCCAGCUGAUAAACAACAAGGUGUUUUUGUUGACAUUCAUCCGUACGCUGGAAAUGCAGCGUUCCUUCUCCAUGCGUGACCGUGGCAAUGUGGCGUCGCUCAUAAUGACGGCUCUCCAGGGUCGACUGGAAUACGCCACGGAUGUGCUCAAACACCUGCUCUCCGACCUCAUCGACAAGAACCUGGAGAGCAAGAACCACCCCAAACUACUUCUUAGGAGGACGGAGUCUGUAGCUGAGAAGAUGCUAACCAACUGGUUUGCUUUCCUGCUUCAUAAGUUCCUGAAGGAGUGUGCAGGCGAGCCUCUCUUCAUGCUGUACUGUGCUAUAAAACAGCAGAUGGAAAAAGGCCCUAUAGACGCCAUCACCGGAGAGGCCCGAUACUCCCUCAGCGAAGACAAACUCAUCCGGCAACAGAUCGACUACAAGACGCUGAUCUUGAACUGCGUCAACCCAGAGAACGAGAACAGCCCAGAGAUCCCGGUCAAGGUUCUGAACUGUGACACCAUCACGCAGGUCAAAGAAAAGAUUCUGGAUGCUGUGUAUAAGAACAUGCCGUAUUCACAGAGACCCAAAGCUGUGGACAUGGACCUGGAAUGGCGUCAGGGACGAAUGGCCCGAGUGGUCCUGCAAGAUGAAGACAUCACCACUAAGAUUGAAAAUGAUUGGAAGAGGCUCAACACUCUCAUGCACUAUCAGGUAUCAGACCGGUGUGUGGUUGCUUUGGUGCCCAAGCAGACGUCCUCCUACAACAUUCCUCCCACAACUAGCAUCUCUCGGACUUCUAUCAGUAGAUACGACUCGACAUUCCGGUACACAGGCAGUCCGGACAGCCUGCGCUCCCGUGCUCCUAUGAUCACUCCGGACUUGGAGAGCGGAGUCAAAGUCUGGCACCUGGUGAAGAACCACGAGCACGGGGACCAAAAGGAAGGCGACCGCGGCAGCAAGAUGGUAUCUGAGAUCUACCUCACACGCCUGCUAGCUACUAAGGGUACGUUGCAGAAAUUUGUGGAUGACCUGUUCGAGACUCUUUUCAGUACGGUGCACAGAGGCAGCGCGCUUCCUUUAGCUAUCAAAUACAUGUUUGACUUCCUGGAUGAACAAGCAGACAAGCACGGCAUCCAUGACACUGAUGUUCGCCACACCUGGAAAAGCAACUGCCUUCCUCUGCGUUUCUGGGUGAAUGUGAUAAAGAAUCCCCAGUUUGUUUUUGACAUCCACAAGAGCAGCAUCACGGAUGCGUGUCUGUCUGUGGUGGCUCAAACCUUCAUGGACUCGUGUUCCACAUCUGAACACAGACUGGGCAAAGACUCGCCCUCUAAUAAGCUGCUUUAUGCUAAAGAUAUCCCCAACUACAAGAACUGGGUAGAAAGGUACUACGCUGACAUCAGCAGGCUGCCAGCCAUCUCCGAUCAGGACAUGAAUGCGUAUUUGGCAGAACAGGCACGACUUCACUCCAAUGAGUUUAACAUGCUCAGUGCCCUCAACGAGAUUUACUCCUACAUUAGCAAGUACAGCGAAGAGAUCACUGCUGCACUGGACCAGGACGAGACGGCAACGAAACAGCGACUGGCCUACAAAGUGGAGCAGCUCAUCGCCGCCAUGUCGGUGGAGAGCUGAGAGAAUGACAAAGCUUGAACGAAGGACGAAAGACUCAGUCAAACCAUCAUCCAAAGCCUCUUCACACAAAAGAGAGCAACACUGGCUAGAGACAUGACACCAACAAUAGCUUGUGCUUUCUUUUCUACAAUUUUGCGAAGAGGUCAACUUUUAAGACCAAUAGACAACUAUUUGAUGAAAGCAAGUCACAUGGCUUUCAUCUUGAGGAUGGGAUCAGGCGUGGAAACUAUGGAGUUCUGUUUUUAGCUGUUUUUUUAAAGAACCUUGUGGGACGAGCAGCUUCCUGAGGCUUUUUUUGUUUGUUUGGUUGGUUUGUUUGGUUUGUUUUAGUUCAUUUGGUUCGAUGUGCCUAGCACUGAUUAUCGUGAUGGAUGCAAGACUUGCAGAAUCUGAAGAGACGCUGGUACUUCCUCAAAAAUUGUGCUUGCUAAAAAACAUUUCAGGAGGAUUCAACCGAAGGAAAUGGACAUCUACUGCCUCGCCAUUUACCGUCCAGUUGAUGGCUUUUACUUCCAAAUUUUAUUUUUAUACAUGAGUGCUUUUUGAGUUCUUUUCAUUGAGUCGGCUAGUAUAGUUCCUCAUCUUGGUGUGGCGAAAGUUCAAGUGUCUUUCUGUCCUUGGAAAGCAGCGGCUGCUACCAACACGUGUGUGCAUGUCGACACGCUAGUACAAACUUUCGAUUCCCUCUCAGACCUAAGAGACCACGAGGCAUCUACAUGGUUUGGGAGCUAAUGAAACUAACAAAAAGGGGGUCAAAGUUCAACCAGCAUGUCCCUAAUUGACUGCUAAAGACCAGAAACCAGUAUCAAACUGGACGAACUCCGCUCUACGGUCUCUCUGUGUGCAUAUGUCCUGUUUUAUACACGUUAGCGUAUGUGAAUGUACAAACGUUACUCUAUUUUGUCUUCGCAUUUCUGUUGCUUUUUUAAAACGGGAGUCAGUUGAGCUGAUCUCUCCGGCACGACGUCCUAAAGAACUGAACCUCCUUCUCCAUAAUAGUGCUGCUGAGAUUCAGAUACAAAAGUAGCACCUUCAGCUCAAAUCACGCGUGGAGAAACCCCACCUUCCCUUUCAAACGAAUGGACUCCCUUGAGAUCAUCUUACCAGAGAGUAUUAAUUAUUAUGUAUGGUCCAAUGUGUGUGUAGUCUGCAUGCAUUAUACAGUACCUCAUAUUAAAAAAAAUAAUGUCUCCUUUCCCAUUUACUCCUAUGUUUAAGUGCCAAGAGGUCACGUGAGUUGUGGAUGACUCAGAGGAACGCCGUUGAUGUAAUAUACCAUGUCACUUCCUUUCCGUACACACCCGUCGGGAUUAAGUGCCAAAAGAUCACUUACUUACGCACUUGUCGGUUGAUGCUUUAUUAAGGGAACGGACCCUGUAUACUGUAAAAAAAAAAAAAAAUCUCCGGUUUAGAAGUUUCAUUCUCACCACUCGCAAAUUCAGGUACGAAAAGACCAUGAGCUUGGAACGGUAUUUGUAAAUAUAAAAAGUAUUUGUAAAAUACUUUGGAUGUCUGGGAUAGCUGGAGUGGGUUCUUUCCAAUCUCUUUUGUUUUUUAAGUUUUUUAUUCCCCCCGUCUGACAUGAAAUAUGUCAACAGAACGCAUGAACAAAAGACAACAUAGCUUUCAUUUAUAAUGCAUGAUGGCAGGUAGAGCUGUUUUUGAAGAUCAUCCGAACCAAAAUAGACAAGGUCGUUCAGGUCAGAGGCAUCUUAGGUUCACAGAGGCAUCAGGGAGAGACUUGACUUCUCCUCAGUAAAAAUGCAGUAUCGGAUGUGAAGAAAUAGACUCAAAUGGCGCUUGUUGUUUUCCCCCUGUGGCCUUAGAACAUUUAAUCUGUUGUUUCUAGUUGAUUUAAUCAGCGACGUGUCAUUUUUCUCCCUGUCUUUGUUAGCUGUGUUUGAGACUGAUCAGAUAAAGAGAGGCAAUGCGACGAUGAAGAAGGGUGGAAGAGGCAUGCCCUCUCUCAGACGGCUGCUGGGUGGUGUCUGCCGGAGUGUUUGAGAAGCAUAGGAAUGAGAUGGAGAGAGAGACAGACCCCUUUAGCUUCAGAUUCCUCCUGCUGCUUUGAAGCUCGCCUUUGAUCUCAACUAGUCGUGUGCACAGUGUGAUCAGGAGAUAAAAAAAUACACAUCAAAUAUAGGAUCCAGUGCAAGAGAUUACAAAUGAAGAGCUGCAUGAAAGACAAUGAAUUAAUCUGUUAAAGGAAUAGUUCAUCCAGACGAUUCUAUCAUCGUACUCGCCCUCAAGUCCAUCUGAAACUUGUUUGACUUUGAAUGAUGCUUGCAAGCUUUAUGAAGGAUACAAAAGCAUCAUAAAAGUGGUCCUUAUGUCUUAUGUGCUUUAUACAAAGGCUUCGGAAGUCAUAGGAUAGAUGCGGCUAAGAAACAGACCAAAAUGAAGUCAUGUGAUUUGAGUGAAUCAUUCAGACUGGUUUUGGGAACUGAAUCAACUAGUUCAUUGAAGAGAUCCGAGUCAAAAGAGUGAUUCUGAAAAAUCUAGGAAGGGUGGCAAGGUUUAAAGGGUUAGUUCGCCCAAAAAUGAAAAUUAUGUCAUUUAUUACUCACCCUCAUGUCGUUCUACACCCGUAAGACCUUCGUUCAUCUUCGGAACACAAAUUAAGAUAUUGAAAUUAAGAUAUUGAUGAAAUCCGAUGGCUCAGUGAGGCCUGCAUUGACAGCAAGUUAAUUUACACUUUCAAUGCCCUGAUAGGUACUAAAGACAUAUUUAAAAUAGUUCAUGUGACUACAGUGGUUCAACUUUAAUAUUAUAAAGCGACGAGAAUAUUUUUUGUGCGGCCAAAAUAACGACUUUUCAACAAUAUCUAGUGAUGGGCGAUUUCAAAACACUGCUUUGAAGCUUUACGAAUCUUUUGUUUCGAAUCAGUGGUUUGGAGCGCCAAAGUCAUGUGAUUUCAGUAAACGAGGCUUCGUUUACGCGAUCCGAACUCACUGAGCCAUCGGAUUUCAUCAAAAAUAUCUUAAUUUGUGUUCUGAAGAUGAACGAAGGUCUUACGGGUUUGGAACGACAUGAGGGUGAGUAAUUAAUGACAUUAUUUUAAUUUUUCGGUGAACUAACCCUUUAAGGAGAAUAAUGAGAAAUUGUGGUCUGAUUCUCACACAAAAUUCUUGUAUGACUUCAUAAGACAUGUUUUAUGGUGCUUUUGUGUUCUUUUUGAAAUUUGAAAGCUUUAUAUGGAUUUAUUUGGAAAAGGGUGACCUGGACAGUCUUUACCACAAAAAAAAGUGAUUUUCAGUGUCUUUGUUUUCCAGAACAAACAUCUAAACAUUGUUAAAUCAAGAGACAUUUAAAAAAUAUAUAUAUAAUAAAAUAUAUAAAUAUAUCUUCCAAUGGGGUAAGAAAAAAAUCUUAAUUCAAAAAGGAAACAACUUUGUCUUUUCCCAUUGGCGGAUAUUUUUAAGCAUUAACUUAAUUAAAAAAAAAAAAAAGAAACAAGACGUUAUUAUUUGCUUCUCAAGUAAAUAUAUAUUGAUUUACGAAUGUUUAGAUUGUGUUCCCUGGAAGAAUGAAUGUCAUAUUAAAUUAUGACAGAUUUUCUGUUUUGGCAUGAAAUAUUACUUGAAGUUAUGGCGUAAUUCCACUCUUCCUGAACAACCACACAUUCCUCUAACAAACACACACUACUGUAUAGUCAACAUAUGUGAAUUUACAAGCCAUGUCAGUGACAUUAGGGUCCAUGACAAAGCUUCCUACUUUCGGUUAUCCACAGUCUUCCCCGUUUUCCGUUCAUCAGAGCCCAUCCCAGCUCUAUAAGGGCAAGAGACCUUCCGUUGACCCCACUGCCCUUUGCGGAUGCGGCUCAGUUUUAUUGUGAACCUUUUUUGCUGCCACAUUAGUCGAGGAGGGACGACUCUCCUGCUUGUGCAAAAAUUCAGAGAACAAAAUGUAUUCUGGUCAUAACGUUUUGUUCGAAAUGAUGUGGCACAGGAAAUUGCACUUUGUUGAGAGAGAUUUCAGUAGCUCAACGCUUAUUAAUGUUUAUUAGAAGACAUUUGAUCCCUUGAAAAAAAGUUAAUUAUAAUUUUUAUUGCGCUAUUCUGCAGAGCAGAAUAAAAUUUGACAGCACUGGGCAGCUUUCUGAAAUAUCAGCAGUCAUCUAUGGCGGUCACAACUGCUGUUCAUUUUAUAUUUGGCACGAAUCGACAGACUUGGAAGCAAUUUUGUGCACUUUUAUUGUUUUUAGCUCAUGUUUUGCUCUGUGAUGGAAUAGCAUGCUACGAACAAGUGAAAUGUUCAUAUUCUCUUCAUAUUACCAAUCGUAAACAAAAACGAGAGCGUAAAAGGCUUUUGUAGUCAGUUUGAUCACCUCAGAGGUGAAUAUCCUUCCAUUUACAAUCACGCAAAAUUAUAAACGAAUCUCUCUUUGUAGACACUGGAGUUCUGUAACAUAGUACAUAGAAAUAAUAAUGACCUCGAUGAUGAUGAUGAUGAUGAUGAUGAUAAUAAUAACACUUAUGGUUGUCUGUUCUUGUUGUUUUUUAAGUGUUGUGAAAAUUGUAAGAGAGUUAAAGUAUUUAAAAAGAAAAAAAGUCGGUCUUGUUUUUUUAAUUGCUUUUGUUUUGUUAUAUUAUAUUACUGUGUACCUAUUGUAAAUAUGAAGCACACCUAUUUUGCAAGCCAAGGAUUCACUUUGUACUGUUGUUAUAUAUAAAUAAAAUUUACUGGUUAAAAA